CUACCUUGGUAAAAUGUUAACUGCAGUUGGGUUAGAUCCAAAUAAUGGCAUCUAUCGAUUGGCUUAUGACAUUGUAGAUGUAGAGACUAAAACCAAAGACUGUUGGACAUGGUUCUUGCAAUGUAUCCAAGAUGACUUAGAGCUUCCAUCAAAUGCAAACUUCAUAAUUAUUUUUGACAGGCAAAAGGGAAUUAUGCCUGCCAUCAUUCAAGCUUUUCUUGCAGCUGAACAUAGGUAUUGUCUGAGGUAUAUUCACCAGAACAUGAAGCUACAAUGGAGAGGAAUGGCUUUCAAACACUUCCUCAGGAAUGCUGCAAGUGCAACAAUUGUCCCUGAGUUUGACGAGAAGAUGGAGGAGUUUAAGAAAUACAACCUUAAAGCAUAUAAGUGGUUGAAAGACAUCCCACCACAACACUGGGCCAGAUCCUACUUCACUGGUGGGGCCUUAUCUGAUGUGUUUCUGAAUAAUAUGUGUGAAGUCUCAAAUUCUAAACAAUUGAGGGCAAAGAUAAACCAAUAAUUUCAUUGCUGGAGUUUAUGAGAGAGUAUUUGAUGCAGAGGAUAGUGAAUGUGACCAGGGUCAUAGGUAGGUGUAAUGGUCCACUAACACCGAGUGUUACCAAAAUACUAGCAGAUAUUAAAAGGAGGCAUCAAACUACAAUGUUAAGUGGUUUGGUGGGCCUAAGUACCAGGUUAGUAGAGGAUGACACAUUUCACAAAGGGUUAUUAAUGUUGUAGAGAAGGUCUGUAGUUGCAAGUAGUGGGAGAUUACAGGGAUCCCAUGUAGACAUGCAGUUGCAGUUAACUUGGACAUGAUCCUUGGAAGGUUUUCUACUCACAUAGAAUAGAACCAAUUAAUAGCAGAGACUUGUGGCUAAAAUCCAACGUCCAAACCACCUUGACCCCAUCCUUGCACCACAAUCAAUUUUCAUGCCUAAGAAAAGGAGAAAAGAUGAAGUUGAUUCCAUGAUGAACUAGAUAGGGUUGGACAAAAGAAGAGGAAUAGGAAGGAACUUGAGGUUGAUGGGAUUAAUGCAUGUGGAAAGUUGACAAAGAUGUGGAAAUAAGUGAAGUGCAAGAAACGUGGAGGUAAAGGUCAUAACUCAAGGAUUUGUGGGAAAGUCAAGAGAGGGAAACAGACAAAGAAAGGUGACCAAGGGAAUGCUGGGAAUCAAGAAGGUCCAACUGUUUGAAUGGGUGCUUAUAUGGUCUGUUGGUUUUUAAGCGGUUGUCCCUAAAACAUUUCUACCAUCUUUUGUGUAUUUUGUGGUUGAUGUUUGUUAGUAUUUAUGGAUG